UGCAAACAGCUGUCAUUUCAGUUUAUGCCCCUCCUUGCCAUAGGGCAGGAUCUACCUCAAACAAACUCAGGCUUGAGGGGCGUUUUCUGUGAAGACAUCAGGACCUGGCAGACAGACAACGUGGAAGCUAAGGGAAGUGGGAAGAAAACGUUUCUCUCUCUAAUUGUGCUUGGAAUAUGCUACAGAAAUGUCAGAGAUAAAGAAGAAAACCACUAGAGUUUCUUUGACCAUCGGUUCCCUGGUUAAUGAAACCUCCAACAUCAGAUCAAGUUACUCUACCUUAGUUCAACCAUUGUGUAUUGACUCCCAAAGGAUGCAGAGUCCCUGCAGUAGCCUGUCCGGAUCCACCUAUGUUGUGGCCCCUGUGUUCACCAAGCAUCUUCAAGACAUUUCUACAACCAGCGGUCAGCUUGUCGCAUUUGAAUGCCGAGUCCAGGCAACAACCACAGUUCAAAUUCACUGGUACAGAGAGAAAGAGCAGAUAGCAGACUCUGAGGACUUCCAGAUUUUGAGAAAAGCUUCUUUAUCAUCCGUUCCCGAGGAAGUCUGCACCUUGAUUAUCACAGAAGCAUUUCCUGAAAAUGCUGGGGAAUUCAGGUGCGUUGCAGAAAAUGAGGCUGGGACUGCAGUCUCCACAGCAAGACUCUUCAUUUCCCCAGGAGGAAAAGAAGUGGAGAAAUCAGAGAGUUCUCCAACAUUACCCAUGAGGAAACUUUCUCCAAAACUGGCCUCCUUUCCCUGGAGCAAUGAUAUCCACACAAAGGACAAAAGUCCAGAUGAUAUCCCAAUGAACAUUACUUCAACUAUUACUGAACCAGCCAGUUUCAAUGAACAUGAGAUCCAGGUUUCAAAGGAGGAUCUCUGCAAUGAAAAUUUCCCUGAGCUACAACCACAAUGGUAA